AAACACGACUUCAAAUGACUGAUAAUGUUGAUCCAUAACUUGUGUCAAUGUUAAUUCACAACUUUCCGCUUGCCCCCACGUGGACACGUUUCAUCACUCCAAAACAAAAAUACCCACAAUUCACAUGUGCAUUUGUUUGCCGCACAUGUUUUGGAGGUAUUUACUAGCAUAACCACCAACAGCUAGUUUAGCAUUAGCCCCGUUAACUGCAAGGAAGCAGCCGUGAAGCCGCGGAUUUCACACAACCUCCAACUCUGAACAGCACGAUCAUCCAGGUGCCCGAGGACAGUACGAGGCCAUUGAAUCCCAGGAAGACCGUGAUUCCACGGCCUGGCCGCCACAGAAAGCCCAUGACGGCUCCAAAGACUCAGAAAGACAAGGCGUCUAAAAGGAAGAAAGUGGUCCUGACUGUCGUGGUAGUUGUAGUUUUACUGGGAAUACUGGUCACUGCAGCAUACUUCAUUAAGCAGCUAAUUGACAGCAAAUAUUUCUUCUGCAAGCGUUCAGUGAAGUUCAUCCCAAUAGACAAAGCCUGUGACGGCAAUCAUGACUGUGCUGGAGGAGAGGAUGAAAUUACAUGCGUGUCAAGCUUUACGGCCAACACUACCUUUCCAGUGCGGCUCUUGACAGAUAAGCAUAUCCUGCAGGUGUACAGUCGUGGUCCAGGUUGGCUCAGUGUGUGUAGCGACGACUGGAACCAGAAGCACACACAGACCGCAUGCAAACAACUGGGCUACACAAAUGAACCUCAUAGCACAAGUGUCCGAGUGGACACUUUGAUACCUAUCCUGAAAACCGGACCAUUCACAGCUGUCUGGCCCGGGACUUCGAACACACCCAUACACCAGGCGACCAUAGAACGCAGUGUAUGCAGAUCUGGAUCUGUGGUAUCUUUGACCUGUUCAGACUGUGGAGAGGCGGGCUCUGACGGCCGUAUUGUCGGGGGUACAGCUGCUUCGAUUAAGGACUGGCCCUGGCAGGUUAGCCUGCAGCAGGGAGGCAACCAUGUAUGUGGAGGCUCACUGAUGUCACCACAAUGGGUUGUCACUGCUGCCCAUUGCUUUGCUGGCAGUAAAAAGGAGCUGAGUCGCUGGAGAGUGGUGUCAGGCUGGACAAAAAUGUGCACACUGGGAGGUUCCUAUGUGGACAGGAUUGUAUUGCAUGGAGACUACGAUUCAGCAAAAAACGACUACGACAUUGCACUGAUGAGACUCAGCAGCCCGAUCACAGUGGGAGAUAGCCGCAGGCCGGUUUGUCUACCUCCUAAAUCCUUAGGCCUUCCAGCCACUGCCACCAUGGCUGUGAGUGGCUGGGGAUACAUGCAGGAAAACGGUAAGGUUUCGCCUUCACUUCAGGAGGCCUUCAUCCCUCUGAUACCGCGGGCCAAGUGUUCCAGCCACACAGUGUACGGGACAGCCAUAACCCAAAGAAUGAUCUGUGCUGGUUUCCUGGGGGGGAAAGUGGAUGCCUGCCAGGGGGACAGUGGGGGUCCUUUGGUGUACUACACCUCCUCUCAUUGGCAUCUGGUUGGAGUGGUAAGCUGGGGCAUUGGCUGUGCCCGGGAGAAAAAGCCAGGUGUCUACACCAACAUGGAAGAGAUGCUAAACUGGAUUCAUACAGCUGUUGAGAAAAACCCCUGAGGUCCUCCAUCGUGUCGAGCAGCCGCCUCAAGACUCCAGUCCAGUCUGCCUUAGACAGCCUGUGAAACUAAAACAAAGCUUUUGUUUCAAUGUGGUUGACUGAAGAUGGGAGACAGAAGGACAGAAAGGGGAAGUUGAAGAUCAAUCUCAGCAGCAAAACAAAAGAACUCAGCCAAAUGCAAAAGCACCGCACACACACACACACGCACACACACACACACGCACUGUUUCAUACUAAACUUAUUUCAGGUGUUUGUGCCAUUUCAGGUUCUUAUCUCAGGGGACAAGUAUAUUUAUGUUUUUAUGUGUCGCUGGACAGUCUGGAUGUUUUUAGCUUUUACAAUGUUGGCAUUUGACAGACCCAAUUAACUAAUUCCUACUUUUAUAAAACAAGAAUAAUAUCAAAUGAAAAUAGAUUUUAUCACUGGUUUUGUCAUAAGGACUUAACUGUACAAACUGUUUUUAACUGUGAAAAGAUUGGACCUUACCAGACUGGCAGACCUCAGACAUAAUGUACUUGAUUACUAUGGUUUUCGGUGCGCUGUGUGUUAUGAGGGUUCAUACGGUAAACGCUACGUAAAGAAAGGUGGUAUAAAGGGGAAACCUGUGCUAUGCCAAUGCCAGCAGAAGUCAGUGUGAAGCUUCAGGUUAAUAUCCUCAAUAUAUGCAUUUAUGGUGCUGAUCCAGUUGAUCUGAUGUCUCUUGCUAAUAAAGGGAAAAUGCAACCUUUACAGCACAGAUAUUGUGCUUGUUUCCUACCACAGAUUGAGAUACAUGAGCACUUUAAGUGGAAACUGAGAAUUACUUGACCUUAAUGUAUGUACAAAUGAUUCAAGUUACUAGUCUAACAAUGCCCUGAAGACUAACUCAAACCACUGUUUUGUGUUUAUAGUUUGUAGUGCCUCCAGACUGAGUUUUAAAGUGCAAUCAGAUAUCAAGCGUGCCUUCAGAAAUCUCACACCAUGGCCAGAAUAUUCGAUGGUGGCCAUUGAGUUUUUAGGAUAUAAAUGUAAAUUCCUAAAAUAUAAAAGUGAGCAACAGAGAUUAUAGAAUGUACAUUUGUAAAAUGUGUGCACUCAGGUGAAGUGUAUCAGUUUCAUUUUAAAUGAAUCAUUCCAUUUGUUGCAAAGUAAAAUACAUUACCUUUAUUUUUGUAUCAUUGUCUUGUCUGAGACCUACACAAAAUUAGUAUAAAUUGGCACUUCUGACUUUAAAAACAAUAGUUAACAUAUUGUAUUAUACUGUAUUAUAUUAUGCAAUAGUUGGACAGGAAUAGCAUUUCAAGAGUUGCUGAACGCCACAGUGUGUGAUGACUGUAUAUAGAUGGUACAUUGUGUUGAUUAUUAUAUACCUGUAAAUAUGUUGUAAAUAUAAUAAAGACUUUCUUC